AUGUGUGUCUCUAAAGGUGGCGCUACUAAACAAAGGAACUGGAGGGGGAAACCAACAGGUGUCGGGUGCGCGCGUCUGUUUGUCUCCUCUAAACUGAAGUGUGAAGUCAUGGAGAUGUCUGCGCUGCUGCUGCUUCUUCUGUGUCCAGCCCUGGCACUGUCCCAGGUUGACAUCCUCCCUGAUGGCCCCCUGGAGGAGCUGCUGGGGACUGACGCCACGUUCAAGACCCUUCUGCAGAAUCCCAAAUUUGCGUUUAUCAUCUGGAACUUUAACAACGGUAAGGAGCAGAUCCACGUCUCCACUCUGGGCUCUGAGGGAAUGAAAACCAACACUCCGUACGAAGGCCGCGUCGACAUCUCCACAGACGGCCACCUCACGCUGCGAAAGCUUACGGCUGCGGACAGCGGCGAGUACAGCAUCAACGUGAUCUCGGGCUCUGGAGCCACACAGACCGCAGAGAUAGACCUCAAAGUCAUUGAGCCUGUGGCAGAGGUGCUGGUGAAGUCGGACCUGUCUCAGGCUGUAGAGCUGAACUCGACGGUGGUCGUGACCUGCUCGGCUAAAGGCUCCCACCUGAGCUUCAGCUGGAUGAACGGGACCACAGCCGUGAAACAGGACACACACAUCACUGUGACAACGAAGGAGAGCUCCAGCGCCCUUUCUAUCUCCUCAGUGUAUCGCACUGACCUGGCAGGGCCAUUGUACUGCACUGUGUCCAAUUCCAAAUCAACAGAGAAGAGUGAGGCUUUCAACCUCACCGUCCACUAUGGUCCGGAGCAGGUAACCCUCUCCCCUCCCAACCCUCCAGCCUUUGUGGCCUCUGGCUCUAACUUCAGCCUGACGUGUGCCGCCGUGUCCAGCCCCAUGGCCUCUAUCACCUGGCUUCAGGGAGACGUCCAGAUGGAUGUGAUGGGACCUGUACUAACCCUCGACAAACUCAAGACCAUAGACAAAGCUUCGUACAGCUGCAAGGCCUCCAACGCCCAGACUAAGAGGGAGGUGCACUCCGCGGCCGUCUCCUUCACCAUCAUAGACCCCAUCUCUGGUGUCAAGCUUUCAUCCCCGUCUGGACAGCUCAUGGCGGGUAAUAGCUCAGCGAACAUAAGCUGUGCGGCGGCAAAAGGUUCCGUGGAUUCUGUGUCGUGGCUGAAGAACGGAGCAGUGCUGAUCCCUGGUGGCAGCGUGGUUUUCUCUGCAGAUAAAUCCUCGGUGCUCAUCAACCCACUCGAGAAGGAAGACAACGGAGAUUACACCUGCACCAUGUCCAACGCAGUCAGCAGCCAGUCGGACAAAGUCAAGUUGAGCGUCAUCUACGGCCCGGAGCCCGUGCAGCUCAACGGAGACUCCAAAGUGGAGGUGAGUGACAUGGUGACGCUGGACUGUUCUGCUGCCUCUGUCCCUCCGGCGAACUACACCUGGAAGUUCAACGACACCAAAACAGCCGUUACCACGAGUCAGUACUCCAUCCCCAAAGUGACCUACUCCAAUACAGGCACCUACACCUGCGAGGCCUUCAACGCUCUGACGGGAAAGACCAGCAGCAAGAGCCACUUCCUUGUGGUCCGAGCGGAGGGCGAACUGGACGAGGGCCUCUCAGACGGAGCCAUCGCUGGGAUUGUGAUCGGGGCAGAAAUUACCGUUGGAGUCUCCAUAUUAAAGACCGCAACAACCUCUUGGACAAACUGGACUUGUACUGACGUCUCCCUGCUCCUGUCUUCUGCUGUGAACAGACUACACAUCCCACAAUGCACCACUCUGCUCAGGAUGGAGGGAGACAGACUUUUAAACCCCAAGACACUGGAUUCUAACACUGCACUGUGCCGACGUCUUUCCAAUGGUUUAAAAAUGACUUGA